AUGCAGCAGCUGCAGCCAGUAGAUCGAAGUGACUUCAGUAUUGCAAUUAUCUGUGCGCUGCGUGAAGAGUCCGAUGCAGUCGAGGCAACGUUUGAUCAUUUCUUUGAAGACGAUGAGCUGCUCUAUGAUAAAGUUGCAGGAGACCCGAACUCUUACACAUUUGGCAAAAUCGGCGUGCACCAUGUAGUUCUAGCAUAUAUGCCGGGCAUGGGGAAAGCAAGUUCUGCCAGUUUGACCGCCAGUUUUCGCACGAGCUUCCCACUUGUUCGACUUGGGCUAGUUGUCGGCAUAUGUGGUGGUGUGCCUCAAGGUGCCGACCACGAGAUAUUUCUUGGCGACGUGAUUAUCAGUACGGGAGUGGUACAAUCCGACUUUGGACGACAGUACGCGCAUCAACUUAUUCGCAAAGACACGCUUGAUAACAAUCUUGGGCGUCCUAAUAUCGAGAUCCGGACAUUCUUGCACCAGCUUCAAGGAUGGAAAGGCCGGGAAAAACUCCGACAGAAUGUGUCGAGAAAUCUUUCCGAGAUUUGCAGUAAGGAAGGGUUUAGCAGCUGGAUAAGCCCGGGAGCAGAGAGUGAUAAGCUGUACAGAGCAGAAUAUGGCCACAUACAUCGAGACUCCGGGGUCUGCUCUCUGUGUGCUCAACCUGGCCCGGGAGGUCUUGUUGCCUGUGACAGCGCCCUUACAACCUCAUGUGCAUUGCUGAAAUGCGAUGAAGCCCAACUCGUCCUAAGAGAACAGCGAACCGAUACUAUCCCGGCCAUCCACUUCGGUCGUAUCGCUUCGAGCGACCAAGUCAUGAAGUCUGCGCCUGAUCGAGAUCGAAUUGCCAACCAGGAGAAGGUACUGGGUUUCGAGAUGGAAGGUGCUGGUGUAUGGGAUAACCUUCCCACUAUCAUUGUCAAAGGUGUUUGUGAUUAUGCCGACAGUCAUAAAAAUAAGAAAUGGCAGAGGUACGCCUCUGUCACUGCAGCAGCGUAUACAAAAGCCUUGCUCCGGGAGUGGCGAGUGGCCGGUGAAAGUAGCACGUCCCGCUCGACCAAAACGGCCAAGGAACAUCGACCUGAGACCGAUGCGGCCGAUGAUAUUGGUAAGAGGGUUGUGUUCAAUAACCACGCGCAAGUUGGGAAUCAAGGCGUUCAUCAGACUUUCCACGGGAACGUCACAUUCCACAAUGGUGGUGACCGAAGGUAG